CUAGUCUCUCUCACUUUCCACUCCACAAUAGCUUCUAGAAGCGCAGCGAGAAUCGUCGGCAAUGGUGAUGGUGACGGCGGCGGUGACAAACAGGAGAGUGAUCCUGAAGCGGUACGUGACAGGGAUGCUGUCGGAGGACGACAUGGAGGUGGUGACUGCGGAGACACCGCUGCCACCGGCGGAUGCAGGGUUGGCAAUGCUGUCGGAGGACGACAUGGAGGUGGUGACUGCGGAGGCACCGCUGCCACCGGCGGAUGCAGGGUUGGCAGCGGUUCUGGUGAAGAAUCUGUAUAUCUCCUGUGACCCAUACAUGCGCAGCCGGAUGACCCGUCACGAGGUGCCUAGCUAUGUUCCAGACUACGUCCCUGGAGAGGUUUUAACAAAUUAUGGCGUGAUGAAGGUUAUAUCAUCCGGGCACCCUGAUUUCAAGGCCGGUGACCUUGUGUGGGGUGUGACCGGAUGGGAAGAAUACACCCUGAUCGAUAACCCAGAGUCUCUCUCCAAGAUCAAUCACCCUGAUCUUCCUCUGUCUUACUACACCGGUGUUCUUGGAAUUGCUGGGCUUACUGCAUAUGCUGGGUUCUUUGAGGUGUGCAAGCCGAAGAAAGGUGAGCAUGUCUUCGUCUCCACAGCAUCAGGCGCCGUUGGUCAGAUUGUUGGGCAGCUUGCUAAGAUCACAGGCUGCCAUGUGGUCGGCAGUGCUGGUUCUGACGAGAAGGUCAACCUACUGAAGACCAAGUUCGGAUUCGACGAUGCUUUCAACUACAAGAAAGAGCCAGAUCUCGAUGUGGCUUUGAAGAGGUACUUCCCGAAGGGGAUUGACAUUUACUUUGAGAAUGUGGGUGGAUCAACACUGGACGCUGUGCUACCCAACAUGCGGCUGUUUGGCCGGAUCGCGGCGUGUGGGAUGAUCUCACAGUACAACUUGGACUCCCCAGAUGGCGUGCACAACCUCUUCUACAUCAUCACCAAGAGGUUGCGCAUGGAGGGGUUCCUUGUGUUCGACUAUUUUGGCAUGUAUCGCCAGUUUGAGGAGAUGGCGGGAUACCUGAAGGAAGGGAAGGUGGAGUAUUUGCAGGACAUCGUCGAGGGGCUUGAUGCAGCACCGGCAGCCCUCAUCAGACUCUACACUAGUAGUAAUGUCGGCAAGCAGCUGGUCACCAUCCCACGAGACUGAUUUGGGUUGUCUGUUG